UAUCCUCCUCCUCCUCCUUCAUUCUGUUCUUAUCCCAAAUAUAUCUCUUUUCUUCUCAGAAAAAAAUCUCACUUGGUCACUAUGCCACUUUCCUCCAACUUUCAAGAUGAAACAGACAAAAAUGAAAAGCCUUCUUAUUUCAACUCACCGCCUUUGGAUGUCUCGGUUGCAUUCCCACAAGCAACUCCGGCUUCUGUUUUUCCUCCCUCUGUUUCUGAUUAUUAUCAAUUCGACGAUCUACUGAGUACUGAGGAGCAGAUGCUUAGAAAGAAAGUAAGAGCGUUCAUGGAAAAUGAAGUUGCUCCUAUAAUGGCGGAGUAUUGGGAGAAGGCUGAGUUUCCAUUCGAAAUUGUUCCCAAACUUGCUCAUCUUGGGAUUGCUGGAUAUACUACCAAGGGUCCUGGAUGCCCUGGUCUCUCUGUCACUACUAGUGCAAUUGCAAAUGCAGAGGUUGCUAGAGUUGAUGCAAGUGUCUCUACCUUUUUAUUGGUGCAUUCUGUAGGCAUGCUUUCUAUUGCAUCAUUCGGGUCGGAGGAACAGCGGCGGAAGUAUUUACUUCCUUUGGCACAGUUAAAGACGAUAGCUUGUUGGGCUUUGACUGAGCCUGACUAUGGAAGUGAUGCUAGUCAUGUGAAUACAACUGCAAGAAAGGUAGAGGGAGGUUGGAUGCUUGAUGGACAAAAACGCUGGAUAGGAAACAGUACUUUUGCAGAUGUGUUGGUCAUUUUUGCCAGGAAUACCACAACUAAUCAGAUAAACGGAUAUAUUGUUAAGAAGGAUACCCCUGGACUGACAGCUACCAAAAUAGCAAACAAGAUUGGAGUGCGAAUGGUUCAAAAUGGUGAUAUUCUCUUAAAGAAUGUCUUUGUUCCUGAUGAGGACAGAUUACCUGGUCUGAACUCAUUUCUAGAUACAAGCAAGGUCCUGGAUGUUUCACGAGUAAUGGUUGCAUGGCAACCUAUUGGCAUAUCGAUGGGUGUCUAUGACAUGUGUCUGAGGUAUCUGAAGGAGAGGAAUCAGUUUGGAGCACCAUUGGCAGCAUUUCAAAUUAACCAGCAGAAACUUGCUCAAAUGCUAGGUAAUAUUCAAGCAAUGACCCUUGUUGGUUGGCGCCUUUGCAAAUUGUAUGAUAAGGGUACAAUGACUCCCGGUCAUGCCAGCUUGGGAAAGUCAUGGAUCACAUUGAGGGCAAGAGAGACAGUCGCUCUUGGUCGGGAAUUGCUCGGUGGCAAUGGAAUUCUGGCUGAUUUUCUUGUUGGAAAGGCAUUCUGUGAUUUGGAACCAAUUUAUACAUAUGAAGGCACGUAUGACAUCAACUCCUUGGUAACUGGUAGGGAAAUCACUGGUAUUGCCAGCUUUAAGGCAUCCGCAACGAGCAAGCACAGCCGUCUGUGAUCAUCGGCUCUCUUCUCUCAAGGGUAGACUGUGUAUUUGGGAUUUGGAUGAACUUUAUGUAGGUUGUGUAAAUGUAAUAAGCUUCGUUAUAUAUUAAUGAAGCACAUAUGAUGUAGCAAGUGUAAUAAUGAAUAUUUGAAACAUUAAUUAAUAAGUUUUAUUAUUUUGCUUAUAA